AUGGGAGAUAAAUUCAUAAUAAUUGUAGAUGCAGGCUAUGUGCCUGGUGCCGAAGCAUUAUCUGCGUUAGCCGAUUUUGCUACUCAUUUGAAAGCAAAGAAUCCAAACCUGCUCUUCGUACUUGAUCCUGUAAUGGGGGAUGACGGGAAAAUGUACGUUGCUAAUGAUGUGCUCCCAGUCUACCGUGAUCGGUUGCUCCCCCUGGCCACGGUGAUCACACCGAAUUGGUUCGAGGUCGAACUCAUGACACAAAUUCACCUUGCAUCCCAAGACUCAAUUCGAUCAGCACUGCGAUCUUUACACUUUGAUCAUGGCGUUCGAAAUGUCGUUGUGACUUCUGUGAUCGUACGGGAAGGAAGCCGUCUUUCUGACGAGGUUACGGCUGCGGGGCUUCGGGCAGGAAGCAGCUAUUCUUCCGAUGGACUCACUAAUUCCAUCGAUCUCAAUGACGAAUAUAUCCUCUGCAUUGCAUCAUCUGCUCACGACGACCCGUCGAUUGCGCCAGCGGUAUAUGCACUUGCCGUUCCACGUAUCAAAGGCUACUUCUCUGGUGUCGGGGACCUCUUCUCCGCCCUAGUUAUGGCUCACUUCCACCAAGCACAACACUCUAACACAAGCAGUUUAUCGCUAACCGCUGGCUCAAUGUCGUCGCUAUCGUCCGCUGCCUCUCGUGCACUCCACACAACACAUGCUGUCUUGCGCCGCACUCAACAGCAUGCACUGACUCUGGCUGCGCAAUCUUCGGAUGAUCCAUCCUCUUCAAACGCCUACACCGACGAUGAACUGGACUCAAAGGAACCUUUGCGUCGGGUAAGGAGGAUGCGCACUAGGGAGCUUCGGAUUAUCCAGUCUCGUGACGAUAUUUUGGCCUUUGAGGCAGAAAAUGGCUCAGUUGAAAAUAUGCGCGCCUGGGAAGGAUUUUGGGGAAACUAA